CCUCCUUUAACUAAAGAACUGAAAUCUGAAUCCGCAUUCGAUUUCGUUACUAUGUCCCAAGGUUGUUGAGUUUGUGGCCGGUACUUUCAAACGGGAGUGCAACGGCUGCGAAUGGAUUUGCAUAUCUGUUAUUGGGUUUGUGGACAUAAUUGAGAACAUCAUCAGUAGUGAUGGACAAAUUAAUCGCCGGCGUACUUAUCAGUGACCAUCCUGAAAGUAUUAAGAUUUUGCUUCUGAGAAAGCUGCGGGAUCAUGUGGGUAAAAUCGAUAAUACAGACAGUCUCAAAGAUGCUAUAGUAAUUUGUAUAACAUACAUUCAUGAAAAUCCAGGAAUCACUGAUUCAUUUUCUAAUGAGGUAUAUAGUCUUCUAGUUUCAAUCGAAGCCCGCCUUUCAGACGAGUCUAUAGCCUAUGUUUCUCAAAAGGUUACAGAUUCGUUUGGUCAUAAUAUCCCUCAUUCACUUCCCGCAAUUUUAGCCAAUUACGUAAAAAAUAUUUUCAAGCGCCACGUUAUGGUUUGUUUUCAGUCAGUUGUAAGAGACACAAGACAGCUGAUAUCAUUACAUGCAGGACUUGAUAAUGUUUUAAAACACAAUCUUAUGGAUAAUGAUGAGCAAUUGUAUUUAUGUGUUCAGCAUACACUUGACAAUUUAUCAACUCAUGAAAUGGGUGGAUAUGAUAUCUCUGACGAAAAUUAUCUUGAUCUGGUAUCUAAAAUGUUUCAAAUACUACUUGGUCUUUGCUCACAAGUAUUUCUGGAAAAUAUUUCGUGUAAUUCACUAGAAGCUGAACUUGCUCAGUGCAUCUCACGCUCAAUAAUCAAGUUUGCAGCACAACCUAGUCUUUCAGCCUCUUCCAAACUUAACGCUGGUGUGCUUUCAGAACAUGUUAAUUCCCUCGUACAAGAUGUGCUUGUGGAUACUGAUAACGCUUACCAUUAUAUUUCGGUUUCUUCCAUUUUGUCUGAACUCCAAAAUUUCUGCCCUGAUAAUGCAGUAUUGUCAGAAACAAUUUGUGGGUUUAUUGAUCAACUCAGCCAGCGUCACAUCAACACAAUCGAGUCUUGCUUUUCAGUAUUGCGCCGUUUGACUGCUUGGCUCACUUGGCCUGAGAUUACUACACACCGAUCUGCACUGGAUAUUUGGCUCAUUGGGUUCCAGUGUGAAAUGUUCAGAAGAUUUUCACCAAAGGGUUCACAGUUUUCCGUCAACUUUUGGUCAGAAUUCAUUAAUUGGCAGCUGAAAUUCCUUCUGGAACUUAUGAAUCGAUCACAGCUUCCACAUGAGUCGACUAUAAAUGCUUUGGCAUUUCUCAUCCUUUGUGAAGAAGGCAGGCGUGAUAGGUGUGUUUAUGAUACUGUUUCUCAGCUGGCACCAGUUUUGAAUAAACUUAUUAGCAUGUAUGCUUCUGAUCGUUUAAAUGAAAGCUACAGAGAUAUCUUACUCCGGCUGUAUGCUGUUUCAAGACUUUUGAAUGUUAUGAUUACUUCAGAAAGUCAUCUAUCUAAAGCAUCUGCUCUCAACAGAAAAUUUCUUACUGAUCUAUUGGGAAAAUUUCAUAGUAACUUCAAAGAUGAUGAUGUUGAUGUAUGGGAUUCACGUUCGAAUAUAUACAAACUAGAAGUAUUGACUAAGUUUGCAUCUCAAGCUGGCAUUCGUAUUAGAAAGAUUUGGGAACGUUGGGAUUUGACGUCAAGUGUUCAACUGAUAAACACAUAUCCAAGCAUUUCACAGAAAGCCAAUCGUUCCGUUACCGGAUAUAGUGGUUUACUGAAUGUUGGCAACACAUGCUAUGCAAAUGCAGCUUUACAAUUACUUUAUCAUUGUUCAGAGUUCCGUCGUGCAUUACUUGAUUUUCAUCGGCCAUAUUCAUCAACUAGUAAAAUAGUUACCUCGUGCUCUUCACUUUCAACAAAUCUAUCUUCAUAUUCACAAAAUUCAAAUGUAAACUCAUCGAAUAAUCUUAGUUUACAAGCUGCACACUUCUGUGAUAAUGUACAUCGAUCAGAUAACGGAUCAGUACCAUUCGGAAAUGAAGGAAGUUUACAUGCCCAUCUAUUUUCUCUUUUUCAUUCUCUUGAUACACAUCAAAUCCCAACUGUUCGCGAUUUACGAGCUGUUCUCACGGUUACGAAACCGGCACAUUUUGUCUCUGGUGAACAACAAGAUGCUGCAGAAUACUUGAACUAUCUUUUAGAUCGAUUGCAUGAAGAAGAGUUACGCUGUAAAAGACGCAAAAGCCUAACGCUGAAUACUUGUAGCGAUUCAUCCAGUUUUAUGCCUAAUGAAAGCACUACACCUUCAAUCAACACUUGUACAGUGGAAAAUCCUCCCUUUUCAUACAAUAUAAAUAACCAAACAUGUUCAUCAUCAAAUGAAACAACUACCAAAGAAGACGAUAAAUACGGCAGCAAUUAUGAUGGUCCUUCAUCGUCUGUUGUUGCACGUCUUUUUGGCGGGACAUUAUUAAGGCAUACAUCUUGUGUAGAAUGUCAGCAUGUUUCAAGUUCUCGACAAGAACAAUUUACAUGCUUGUAUGUUCCGCUGACAAAACCAAAAGAAUUGUUAUUAUAUGAAGAACAGUCGGUUAAAGAGAAUUCAAGUUUUGUAAACGAGAUUCCUGAAUCGAAUGAUUCCGAUUCAACAGAUGAUCAAAUCGUUGAGCCUGGGACUGAUUUAUCCACAUUAAUACAGGCACAUUUUACACAAAUCGAACAUGUCGCCUCAUCAACUCAAUGUGAAUCAUGCGGUAAACGUACCCUGCAAGCAAGAACCCUAAAACUUCAACAACUUUCAUCUCAUGUAUUAAUAUGUUUAAAUUUAUUUCGAUAUUGUCGUGUAAAACAAACCUGUUCAAAAAUUAUGCAUCGUGUUCGCAUACCAGAACGUUUAUCAGUGACAGUGUCUGCAUCAAAUACAGAAACGUAUGCCUAUAAUAAUAAUAAUAAUAAUACUAAUGGUAAUGCUAAUAAUGAUAUAUCUACCUCGAAAGAUUCAACAAGUAAAUCAAAAUGCCAUUCAAGGACCUACAGUCUUCAAGCAAUGAUUGUACACAGUGGUGUAUCUAUUAGUUGUGGGCAUUACACAUGUGUCGCUAAAGUUGGCAUGCAAUGGAUACUAUUCGAUGAUGAUAAUGCUGGUUAUACAACACUGGAAGAUGUUUACUCUGAGCCGUUGGCUACACCCUAUCUACUAUUGUAUAGUCAAGUUUCUUGAUUGAUAAAGUUUUUUGUUUUCAUCAAGUCUUUUUGUUUACUUUCUUCUCUCUUUGAGUUUGUAUUUUUAUUGCUUAUCUUUUCUUUUUGGAUGAGGAGUGGGUGGGAUGAGUGAGGUUGGAUGGUGUUCAACUGUGAUUCUCAUUUCGUUUCUUCAAAAAAGUAUUUCCAGUCAGCAUAUAUAUAUUAAGAAAUAUUCGAUUCUUGUGUAUUUCUCUCUCUCUCUCUCAUAUAUGUAUGCAGUAAGUUUUUAGAAACUGGUUAGGUGGUGAUAAAAAAGUGAUGCGUGAAUACAUACACAUAACUGAAGAAAUUUUGGUUUUUCAGUUUACUGUCAACUUUAAUUAGCCCAAAUAUUUCCCAUUGAGUUGGAUAAAAAGAAGAGAUGUUUUGGUGAAGAGUAUGACUUCUCCUUCUCUUUCCAGCGAUAUCAUUCCCAAAAUGGAUUGGUCAAUUCUCUUAGCAACAAAAAGGGAAUAUUCAUGGGUAUUCAUCCCCAUCCGUCCAGGCAUUAAUGAAAAACAAAACAUGUAGUGUUCAGCGAAGAGUCUCUUUUCGGUGAGUGGCGAAUUCAUUUUCUUAGCUGUACAAUCACAAAUAUAUGUAUAUGUGAAUUAUUUUGUAUGUAUGUGUACAUUAAGUUUAUCAAACAAAAUUACAAUUGGUUAAAUUAUUAAAAAUUAACAGAGUUGUUAUCAUAACAGUAGAAGUGGAAGCAGAAGCCUCAAGGACAAGAUCCCGCUUCAGUGUGACCACUUCAGUGUGCAUAUAUCAGUCCACUUGCUGCUGUGGGGCCAGGCACAUCGGUUGUUCGACGCGCACCCUGUCCAAGAGGAUUCAAGAACACUAUCCAGCAUGGUUGCGAAAAGGUAAUAGUGGUGCAAUAAGGAGUACGAUAAUUGAACACACCUGGUUUACACUGAUCAUUCCAUCUCAAUAAACGCCUCCUGCUUCAAAGUGAUCUACAGAGUCAAGAAUAACCUACCAGAGGCAAUAACGGUUCGUCUUCUCUGUACCAUUGAAGCUCUGGCCAUCCACAUAGAAAAACUGGGGCUAUGCAUACAAAAGAGGAUUACUCAACCACUUUUAUUAUCAUAGUAACAACUUUGUUGAUUUUUGAUGAAUUAAUUUUGUUUGUUUGCCUGUUUUUUCUUUCAUUGCUUGUAAUUCUUGUAUUCAUUUAGAAGUCUUACGUAAUUUCGUAUUAUCUGCUUUGUUUCUAUGUGUAUCCUGAGUACAACUCAACCAUAAAACUAUUCAUAUUGUUACCUACCCAACUCCUUUUUAACAAAUGUUUGUGACAACUCAUCACCUUUGUUACUUUCUACACUAGUUUCAUUAACACUUAAUUUUCUUGACCAUUUUCGUAUUACAUAACUCCAACCAAAAAUUACUAAUUUUCACCUGUUUAGUUAAAAUAACCAUGACCAAUUGUAUUUUUGUUUGACAAACUUAAUACACACAUGUAUACAAAAUAACUCAUGCAUAUAUUUGUGAUUGUACAGCUAAGAAAAUGAAUUCGCCACUCGCCGAAAAGAGACUCUUCGCUGAACUACGUGUUUUGUUUUCAUUAA